AAAGUCGGCCAGACAUAGUCAGUUGCAUGUGCUGGUGAGAUAGUGAAAUAUUCCUCCUGGGGUGGAUAUAGAGACCAGUCUCCAGUCUCCAGUCUCGACAAAGUUCUUAUAUUUAAGAGACGACGACGAUCUUGGCAAUAUCUUCAGAGUUGGAAACCAAUUGUGUGCUUCUUUGCGGCUAAAAGAAUUGAAUUGACCAGAACUGCAAGUGAACUUUUGUCAAGUGGAGCCGAAAGUUUAGUCGCUGUGUGUUUUGUGUGAUUUCUGUAAAGAAAGAUGGGGAAGAUAUCCUUGCUUAUACUUUGCUCCACGCUACUUAUAGUAUUCGUGAGCGCUGAGCUUCAACAUCGCCAACAAGAAAAUUUCCAAUACUCUAGUUCUUCAAGGAAGAUUGUAAAUGGCAAAGUAGUUGACGAUGACUCUAAAAGCGGUUACUUGCGUAAACAAACAGGUAACAUGGGCGGAAAUUAUGAAGAACAAGAAAAUAUGGAUGCCGAAGCUCAAAGAAAGCGAGAGGAACUCUUGCGGUGGGCGCAAAUUGGUACACCACUGGCAGCACCAGCGCUUGGACCAAUGGGAAUCCCCACAUUCAUUACCAGUGGCUCUUCAGCUAGUCACCAUGCAUCAAACCAACUUUCCAGAAUUGCUGCUGGCAAUUUGAUAGUCGAUGAUUGCGAACCUGCCGCUAGUUCGGGUGUUGCUGGUGUACAUAGAUCAGAAUCUGCCAGCCAAUACGCAGCUCGCUCUGAAUCCAGUAGGAUCGUACCUGUUAUUACCCCAGUUCAAGUCGGUGCUGUCAAUAUUGACAGUGAACGUUAUCGCGAAGCAAACAGAUUACAGGGAUAUUCGGGAGUUACCCGACCUGUUAGUAACGUACAAAGCGUUCAUCAACAAGCUGCUUCUGAUCGCUACGCAGCUUCUGAUAGGUAUGCGGCGUCAGAAUCUCGUAACUAUCCAUCAGUAGUACCAAGACCUGUUGUACAAAGUCAGAGUCAAAUCCAAAGUCAAUCAGCGUCGAUGCAUAGACAAUACAGCGCAAAUCAAUUAGAGGAACCUCAACGUACCAUACCAGCUACCUACUCAAGUUCUGCUCACGAUGCAAGUCAUUCUCAAUACAAUCGUCAAGAUGAAAGAAGAUAUGAUAGUCUCCACGAUGAAAGACGUGUGAGUCGUCCUGUGGUUCCUGCACAAACAGAAGUUUUACGAACCGCUGAGAGCCAACACUAUGGCAAUCGCAAUUAUGAAGAGUCAUACCGUGGACCUACAGCAACUAUUCGUGCACCUUACAGUGGUAAAUCUGAAAUUGAUAGACGCAUCGCCAGUCUUGAUCAUACUGUUGAAAGCUUGAACAGACGUACUGGCACUACUGAUAGGAAUAGUGUUUUGCCUGCGACUCAAGUUAUUGAUGAUUAUGAUGAUGAUCAACAACAGGUACAACAAACUUAUAGCGCUGCUGCGUCUUCGGCAUCAUCUUACGCACAACAGCAAAGUUCUAGAGACUUACUGAGUAGAGGUAGUGCAAGAGUUGGUUCUUAUGAUAGCGGCGCUUCUAGUGGAUACCAACAAAACUAUAGACCGUCUAGAUAUAACGUUGGUGGUAGAACUAGUGAACUACAAUCAGCAUCAUCAAUGGCUGCAAGAUCUGAACACGAAUCUAGAUAUGAUGAUGACAGGCAAAGAUUGGAUAGAACAUAUGCGGCUGCUAGUCGAGGUAGUGCACAUGAUAUGGGCCAAGAAGCAAGUGAUCUAUUAGGAGCUGUAGGUGCUGGAAUUCCAGGAGGAUCUUACCGCCAGGAGUCUAGUGAUUCUAUGGGUUAUGGUUAUCACGAUUCUGGAAGAUUUGGUGAUGAGAGGACUGAUGGAGUUCGUGGUACUUAUACUAGAGAUGGCAAGGUUGCGGCUCAAUCUCAAAGUGCUGAUGAAAUGCGUGAAGAGAAUGGUCGUGUUAAGUUUUCGUCCGAAGGCUCUUAUAGCAAAAAGCACGAAUAUAGCGAAAAUAGAAACUUUGAAUUUCCUGCUGGUUCUGUUGUGAAUCCCCUCAGUCAAAGCGAAUUGGAUAGAAUGACUGCAGAACAAAGGCACGACUAUUAUGCUAGAUUUGGCCAAAGAUUUAACGACUUUACUUCAAAUCUAUAUAAAAAGCAUGGUUACUGAUGAUAUUGUCAUUGACUUAUAAUUUCAUACAUUGCUAAUUAUGAUAACAUAACUUUAAUAUAUUAAAAUAC